UUUUCAGCACGGGGAGGGGAGGAGGGGUCCUCGCUUCCAGCGGCAGCCGGGCUCGUAGAGAACGGAGGGGCAGCGCCGCGCCGUUGUUCGGCGUACGUGCCGCCGCACGGAGACGUCAUUUUGGGGGGAGCGGAGCGUUAAGAUGAAGGCACGCACGGUUCACCGCAGCGCGGCACGCAGCCGUCACUUUUUAACGCAACGCGGCUCCCCUCUCGGACGGCGCGGGUCACAGCAGCGUCCAUGCUCCACACGCACGCCCCCGCGUUAGCAGUAAUGGCUACCGCCGAGCAGCUCCGGAGAGCGGCCGCCGAAAAGCAGCAGCAGCAGCUCCCCCGCGAUGAGGAACCUCCUUGGCACCUGUUGCAUGAAUGCUGCGCCUCCCCUGUAGUCCACGGCAGCGAGUGCGAUGGCGACCUCCGAAGAGGUCACGAUGUCCGUGGGGGACGUGAUGAUGAUAAAGGCCGACUGUGACGGCGACGCUGAGGACCCGAAUAAGACUCAGGUCAUCCUGCAGCUGCAGCCUAUUACUACUGGGGACGAGUCUGCUGAAGCGGACGCAGCUGUCGUAGCGGUUGAAGCUCAGUCAGAUCAAGGCGAAGCCAACGACGUUGAAAUCUGCUGUCCCAUAACGUGCGGCGACAGCAAAGCGGUGCUGCUGAUAAAAAAGUUUGUGUGCCCCGGAAUCAACGUGAAAUGUGUCAAGUACCAAGACCAGCUGAUCAGUCCCAAACAGUUUGUUCACAUGUCUGGAAAAGCCACUCUCAAAGACUGGAAAAGAGCCAUCAGAAUGGGAGGAGUCAUGCUCAGAAAAAUGAUGGACUCGGGUCAGCUGGACUUCUACCAGCACAGCACUCUGUGCACCAACACGUGUCGCAGCACCAAGUUCGACUUACUGAUCAACAACACCCGCUUCCCCCCCGAUGGCCUCACCACGCCCACGUCCUCUCAGGCACAAAGCAUUCUGGGUAACGGUGGGGCACUAAGCGAGGACAGAUCCGACGUCCUGAAGACAGACUGGAGCUCCAGCCCUCUGGAGUCUGCAGACAAGACAGCAACCAAUGAGAUUUCAGAAGACACGCUGAACUUCUGGAAGGGCAUCGCCGACGUGGGGUUACUGGAGGAGGUGGUGACCAACAUCAACACCGAGCUGAUGCAGAUGCUGAACGGCGUGCUGGAGCGCGCCCAAGAGCCCCCCAUACAAGACGCAGAUUCCUGUCUGGUAGAGGUGGCCGUGCUCAGUAACCUCGCUCAAGUCUUUGACCUGCUGGACUCCGUCAAGAAGAUCCUGGAGAGGAGGCGGCAGCAGACGGACCCCAGCCAGGAGCAGGUCCUCAGCAUGCUCUCCAAUCUGGAGGUUCAGCUGGAGGAGCAGAGGAAGCAGCAGCAGGUGCGAGCGCUUCUCUCCUCCCCCAACACGGCCAAAAGCAAAACUUCCGUCAAACGGCCCACCAAGAGGCCCCGCCUCCACAGGCCGGCCUCCACCACCGCCCUCCUGUCGUCCCCCGUCACGCAGCAGGCGGCGCUGCAGCCGCAGCAGUUCACCGUGCUGUCCCCCAUCUCGCUGUCCUCGGUGGGGCAGCCCUUCACCGUGGCGGGGCUGCCUCUCACCUCGCUGGGCCAGUCCUCCAACACCGUCACCCUGCUGCCUGCCGGCUCGCAGGUCUUCACCCGAUACAUGGUCACCGGAGACGGCAAGGCCGAUACCAUCACCCUGCACCCCUCUUCAGGCAUCACGCUGGUGGGCACCACCGCCAUGCAGGACUCCAACCAGGUGGGGGCAGUGGUGAGCCCCAUGGAGCUGGUCCACCUGAGCCAGCAGGCGGGUGACCCGGAGGUGGAGGAGGGCACCGUGCUGGUGCAGCAGGAGGUGAUGCAGGGCGAAGGGGAGGCCCCCCAGGAGCACACCGUCAUCGAAAUCAACCCCAGCGCAGGGGAGCAGGCGGUGGGGGUGAUGGAGCUGCAGCUGAGCGGGGAGGCGGGCGGGGACGCCGCUGCCAUGGUGAUGCAGAGCGGCAUGCAGGUGACGAUGGGCGCGGAGGCGGGCGAGGCGCAGUGCCAAAUCCAGGAGCAGCAGACCGACGGCGUCCCGGGUCUGCAGCUGGACGCCAGCGGGGCGCUGUCGGGGAUGCAGAUCGUGGUGAUCGAGAACGCUCAGGAAGGAAACAAGGUCAAGUGAGGACAGCUCUGCCUCUGCAGGGAAGGACACACCAAUCAUGGACGCACAAACACCUCAGACUGCAGCGAGGGGGCGUGGCCUCACAACUCUGCUCUAAGUUUGGCGUUUUGUUCAACCAGACGAGACGUCAAUGAUAAAAAACAGCCGAGAGGAUCCGUAUUCUGACCAGGUUUGUUACUGACUCCACUCAAAGCCUCAUGCUGCAUUUACUGACCCUGGGAAACGAGUAGACUUCAGAGUAAAUCUCCUCGUUAAGCAGCUACUUUUUCCUUCCAGGUCAGAUUAUUGUUCCAUAAACCUGCGAUGAUUUAAUCCGUCUGGUUCAGAAAUCUUAGAGCAAAGUUGUGACGAAGCGCCACUUCCUUUCAAGCCUUCACGAACAAACACAGUGAAUGUGAAGUGGGCGGGGCUGCGGCGGUGGCGGACUCCCUCCCCUCUCCCCGCCAUUACCUGAAGCAGUGUUCCUGGAGAUGUAAAGGAAGGACAGAACUGUUUCUGCACUGCGCGCCGCCCCCUACAGGACCUCAGUGGAACUGCGCCUGCACCUGUCCUCAAACCUGAGGAUAAAACGAACCUGCAUCCGUUCACGUUUGCCUGUUUUUUCACGUGUAAAUGAGUGAAAUAUUUAUUAGUUUUCAGACUGUAGAGAUGAAGCCGUUUACAGAGCCGACAUGAAUUAAUUUAAGCUCUUAUUGUUGUACACACCAACACAGACCUGACUUGUGCUUUUGCAAUAAUUUAAUUUAACAAAGGAGAAUAUUUGCAGACAGAAUUUGUAAUGUUUUAAUAACAGAUUAAAGAAGCAAAGUGUUGUUUUGGUGUUUCACCA